AUGAACGUGGGGGAGAACAAAGGAGCAAUUGUUACCAAUAUAAUCAGAGAAAAGAAACCUGAAAUAAUGGUCGAGCUAGGAGGAUAUUGCGGAUAUUCCACGAUACUUUUCGCAUCCGCAGUACGAGCUGCGGGAGGGAAGAAGUAUUACUCGUUAGAGAGAAGUCCAAAGUUCGCGAAAAUUAUCAGUGCGCUGGUGAGUUUUGCUGGUCUUGAAGGAUUUGUUGAGGUGGUCGUUGGUCCUAGCAACGAGGGAAUACAAAAACUACAUUCCCGUGGAUUGAAGACCAUUGAUAUGAUGUUUCUAGAUCAUUAUAAGCCAGCGUACACGACUGACCUGAAGUUGUGUGAACAAUUGGGUUUGAUCAAGGAAGGAACCGUUCUCGCUGCCGAUAAUGUUAUUAGUCCAGGAAACCCUCCAUACUUAGAAUAUGUACGAAGCACUGUGGAGAAAAAGGUAGAAAAUCUAAAGCAGGAGGGGAAGUUAGAUACUGAUGGAUUUGCGAAACGAUCCGCAACUCAAUAUGGUGGAGUUGAGGCGUUGGACACCGAAAUCAAAGGCAAUCCCAACCUCAUAUAUGAGAGCCAACUGAUCAACAGCUUCGAGCCUACUGGAGAACCAGAUGGAGUAGAGAUAACGCGAUGUAUGGGGAAAGUCGAAGGAGCUUGA